CGUUGUUCUUCGGGUACGAUGUGUAGUGAAGAAAAUAAUGUUUCUGCAACUAGUCGCAAUUUCCGUUGUAUGUUCGCUGGCCCACGCCAUCGUCUGCCCACCCAAUGUGUGUAGCAUGGUGGACUGUAUGUCCGUAACAAACUGUAACGGACGCGUCGUCUCUGGCGGAGGAUACUGUGGAUGUUGUGAUACGUGUGUUACCGAGUUAGCUGAGGGAGAGAGAUGUGGCUCCAUGUUUUUGCUGGGAGUACCUUCUCACGUGGCCUGUGAAUCGCACCUGAUUUGUGACGUCCAUACGAUGACGUGUCAGAAACCGCAUACUAAAAGAGACACCCUGACAUGCGCGGAGAAAAAAGCUCAGCUUCAAGGAAGCUCUUCGUCACUUCUUGGAGUACAACAUCUGGAGUGUAACUUUGAUGGAACCUACAAGGCUAAACAAUGUCAAGGAUCGCAGUGCUACUGUGUCGACUCUGAGGGCAACGACAUUGGGUAUCACACCAACAUUGGAAAAUCUCAACCAAUGAACUGUCAAUGCGCCCGGGACUUUGACGCCUACAAGAAAUCUGGUCUGAUUGGUCGGUUGUUCAACUGUGCGCCCAAUGGGAACUAUCAACAGUACCGGUGUUUGGGAUCAGUGUGUUACUGCGUAGACGACAACGGCAAUCAUAUUGGAACCAAAUCCGUCAACAUUGGACUGAUAAACGACCUUGACUGCAGUUCCUAAAUAUCUGAUCCCCCACUUGAGGAAGAAAAUGCACUCUGUUUGUCCUACUUCAUAAAAAUAAAGAUUUCCAUAACAAA